AACCGAACAUGGCGACCAGGAAAUCAGCAACGAGAUUUAGCUAAAAAUAAUGAUGGAGAACGUAAAGAGAACGAUUCCAUCACGUAAAGCUCCUUUUUUGGCAACCCCCCCUCCGUCCUCCCUUCUUUAGCCCCGCUGCUCUCGGAUCAUGAGAGCAGCAGCAACACCAUGACAUUCCCAAUGCCGAGAACCCGGUUCGCCUUCAUCGUCACCGCCGCCCUCCUCGCCGUCUCGAUCGAUGUCCUCGCCGUCUCGACCGAUGUGCCGAAGGACGCGAUGGCCGCCUCGUUGGUUGGGACGAUGCCCGUCGGUUCCUCCCUCGUCGCCAGUAUCGACGCCAACGACCGCGCGACCAUGGACCUGCCCCGGAACCCACGGCCCCAGGACGCCAAGCUGGGGGUCCCCUUCUGCAGCCCCCGCGAGUUCAUCCAGGCCCACAACAAGGUCAGGCUCGGGCUCGGCGAGCCGCCCCUGAAAUGGGACAAGAGCCUGGCCAAGUACUCGCGGCGGUUCGCGUCCAAGCGCGCCGCGGACUGCAAGAUGAUCCACUCCUACGGCCCUUACGGGGAGAACAUAUUCUGGGGUGCGCAGGCCGCGUGGUCCCCGUCCCAGGUCGUGGACUCGUGGGUCAGCGAGAGCAAGUUUUACAACGCGAGGAACAACGCGUGCGCCACGGGCCAGAUGUGCGGGCACUACACGCAGAUCGUUUGGCGGGACAGCGCCCGCGUGGGCUGCGCUUGGGUCGCGUGCCUCAACGGGGGAAUGUACGCCAUCUGCUCGUACGACCCGCCCGGGAAUUACGUGAAUGAGAGCCCGUUCUCGUCUUUCUUGGGCCAAUGAUGAUGAUCUCCCAUUAGUAAUAUGACCUGAACUCCGAUUGCAAGAUUUGGUAUUACUUAUGUUUUAAUGGCGGAGGUGUUCCUUUUGGUACCAAAUCAUUUUGCUUCAUUUCGAUCCCGCGACAAUGUAACUUUUUGUGCUUAGGCCAAUGGCAUCUUGUGGCGUUAGACCUGCAUUGCUCAAA